AUGGUGGAGCGACCGAGCUUCACUGGGUACAAAAUUGUGGAGACGUUUGAUUGCUAUGGAUGGGGUGGAGUGCUGGACUUCAAUCCCACACAGAUUUAUGUUGAUAUAGUGCAGGAAUGGAUGAGGACACUUCGACGUAUCGAGGUGCCUGGUAGGCCGAAGGAGUUGCAGCUGAUUGGUACAGUUCGUACUCAUGAUAUAGUGAUGAUUGUGCAGGGUAUUCGGGACAUGUUUCAUGUAGAUACUGGAUAUCAUCUGCAUGAUCUUGAGAAUCAGCCGACUGAGUAUAGAUGUAUUGACACGAGGGGGGGGGGGGUAACCCUGGGAGUCACCCCCCCCCCCCCCCAUGUUGCCCUGAUAUCGACAUAUGUGACUAGGGAGCUGGGGAAUAGGAUCAGGGUCCCACGUGUUACAUCAUACCAGCGUAUCCUUCACCCCACUGCUACUUCUUUCAGACACAUCUCAUUUCAAAUUAUAAAUGGGAGACAUACUCUGGUGGAUUCUUCCACAAACUUGACAUACACGGCACCACUAGGAGUAGGGGAUGAGGAGCAAUUCGUUGGUGAUUUUCAGGGGGAUCAGCAGCAGCAACGGGGACAAGCAGCAGGUUAA